AUGCUGCAAGUUGUGAAGGCAAAUCAGCUGGCUGUGUUGUUGCUGCUACCGCUAUUUUUAGCCAGCGACGCAAUCGAGCUGCUGGAGCAAGACAACAAUGAACUAUUGGAACUAAAGGCAACAAAUGCAACGACGACAACAAAUCAAACCCAAGCCAAAGCCGCAAGCGAUGCGCUGCCACGGCAAUAUCCACCACAGUUUGGCGGCCCCUCGGGCGCUGGCGGCGGCGUUGGUGCCGGUGGCGGUUUCAACAAUUUCGCUGGCUGUCCACUCUGCGAUGCUUCUGUUUACAGCUAUUGUUCGCAAAAAAUGCUGCACGACGACUGUUGCUGUGAUUUUCCAGUGGUCCAGCUCCGCCCUCCACAAUGUUUCUAUACUGACUGCUCACUGUUGUAUGCCAAAUCCUGUUAUGAACACUCGCUAAUCAAGAACUGUUGCUGUAAUAAUCCAUACUGA